AUGGAGGAGUCUCCAGCCGAUGCCGUCGGCAAGUACGGGCGCGACGGAGACAGUCUCUCGGCGCGUCACCCGCGGGCUCGCUCUCGCUCGGGGUCGACGUCUACGCCGCCGCCCGAAGACGCGCCGGCCUCGUCUGUGGCUGUAUCUGCCGCGUCGUGGCCGGUAUCGCGGUGCGUCUGUGGGACGCUCUUGACGGCAUUUUCCCUCACUCUGUUCAUGCUGCUUAUUCUCCUCUCUCCGAGCUCGCUCUUUUCGCUCUCUGGCGUCCGCUCUCUCUCGCGCGCCUCGCCCAGCCCGCUGCGCGCGCGGAUCGGAGCGCCAGAGUCGAGCAACCGCGCGCCGCAGGCCGCCGCAGAAGCUCCAGGAGACGCCCGCGGCCCCGGGGGAGCUGACGGAAGCGCCGCAGUCGCCGCGCUGCUGCAGAACUGGAAGCCGCGCCCACGAAGGGAGCGGCGGCGUACGCAUCUCGGCCACGAGGGCGGGCGCUACGGAGACGCGCCAGCCGUCAUCAUCGAGCCCGAGCUGAUCGAGGAGGUCAAUCCAGGCGCGGACUCGGACCGCCUCCACGGCCUUGUCGGCAUCCUCGACGACGGCACGCCGGCGUGGACUCCCACGCCGAUCUUCUUCAAACAGUCGCCUGAGCAGAAGCGCGAGGCACACAAAGGAUACUGUUUCAACACAAAGGUAACCGACUCCCUCUCGCUUGACCGCGCAGUGCCUGACUAUGCGUCGGCGUACUGCCGCGAGCAGCGGCCGCUGUUUGAUCGCCUCACUCCGCCGCAAGUCGACGUGAGGACCGACUCGAAUGCUCAGCAUCAAGACUCCGCCGUUUCUGUGGAGAACGCAGGCAUGGAAGUGGCUUCCCUCACCGCUUCGAAUGCGAGCGACGGCCGCGGCCUUCCGACUACCAGCGUCGUGAUCGUCCUCUAUAACGAAAACUUGAGUGUGCUCCUGCGAUCCAUUCACUCCGUUUUGAAUCGCACGCCGCCGUCUCUGCUGAAGGAGAUCAUCGUGGUUGACGAUUUCUCGAAUAAAGAAACGCAUCCCUGGCUAGGCGAGCAACUCGAAGACUAUGUCGCUGGAACUCUGCCCAAAACGCGCCUCCUUCGACUGCUUCAGCGACGUGGACUCAUGGGCGCCCGCGCUGCAGGCGCCGCGGUCGCGACUGGCGAGACAAUCACUUUCUUAGACAGCCACAUCGAGUGCUCAGCCUACUGGCUUCAGCCGCUUCUUUUCCACGUCAAACAAGACUGGCGCAGAGUCGCCAUGCCUCUCAUCUCCACCAUCGACGCCGACACCUUCCGCGUGGAGGAGGGCGGCUUGAGGACGUUGGCGUUUACGUGGGGAAUGGGGCAUCACCACAUCGACGAGAAAAUCCGAAAGCGCGUCGCGCAAAACGGGGACGAAGAAGCGAAGAAUCGAGACGCUCCCGUGAUGUCGCCGAUCAUGGCUGGGGGCCUCUUCACUAUUGCAAAGGAGUGGUGGAAAACGUUGGAAGGCUACGACAAAGAAAUGCAGAUCUACGGAGGAGAAGAGUUCGAGCUCUCCUUCAAGGCUUGGAUGUGCGGAGGCUCCCUCCACUUGGUUCCGUGCAGCAAAGUUGGCCAUGUUUUUCGAAGCUCCAAGUUCUGGAAAGGCCAAGUGUACGCAGUUCGCGGCGAAGUCAUUCAUCGCAACAAGCUGCGCACUGCGCACGUCUGGAUGGGGGACUACGUGAAGAUCGUAGAGUUGGUGGUGCCGCGGCUCCCGCCUGACCAGCCUAUCGGCGACUUGACUGAGCUGCGGGCGCUGCGCGAACGCCUCCAGUGCAAGGACUUCGACUGGUACCUGAAGAACGUCUAUCCGGAGCUCAAGCCACCGAACUUGAAGGCGUCGCUCACGGGCGCGCUCCAGAACGGCCGAUUCAACUGCUGCGUCGACACUCUCACCGCGAUUCACGAGGAUAUCGGAGUCUAUCCUUGCCACUUUGAGCAUGGCACGCAGGCCUUUCUGUACUCCAAAGAGAGUCACCUUCUCAUGGUCGCGGAGCACACAUUCGAGGAGUGCGUGUACGGGAACCCGGCGACGGGACGUCUGCCUGAGCGACCCUGCGCAGAGGAGCCUGCGGAGGCCGGCCUCAGCCGGUACUGGCUCUACAACGAGCAGACGAAGCAGAUGCAGCUGAUGGAUGCGACCAGCACCCACCUUCACCCUGAUAACCUCUGCAUGCAGGCCGUGAAAAUUCAGACGCCCAAGAGUCCAUACGACCUCGUCCUGCGGAAGUGUGACCCAGACCUGAAGGAGCAGAGCUUCACCUUCGUUCCCUAG